AUGGUGCACUGCAAGCAGCCGCGCACGAGGCCCCAAGACGCCGUCGGUGUCCCCGGGGCCGCCGGUCGCGCGCGCGCCGGGGGCGGGGGCCAGGCCGUGGCGGCGGACCCCGGCUACAUGCGGCCGACCAGCAGCUCCGGCGCCAGGGCCGGCCAGGAGGUUGCGUCUGCGGCUGCGGUGGCCUCCGCACCCGCCGCGCAGCCGGUGGGGACCAAGGCGGCGGGGCUCGGCUUGGCCACGCCGCGCGCGGCCAGGCCGACGUGCGCCUCCGCCCAGAAGAGCGCCCGCGGCGGCGACGGAGGCGGGGGCUGCGAGGGGCACCGCGCGUGCCGGUACGCCUACUGCUCCUUCAAGGGCCACGCGGCCGCGGCGCCGCCGCUGGGGGCCUUCUUGGCGGCGCGGAGGGGCCUGAUCAAGACGGAGCAGAGCAUGAAGCACAGGGGCGUCUCCGCCUUCCGCGACCCCAAGACCAAUCCCACCAGCAAUGCUGUCGCCGGCAAAGGGGCCGGGCUCUUCGUCCAGGUGGCGUGUCCCGGCGCCGGCGCCCGCCCCAAGACGGCGAGCUCGGGGUCCUGCUGCAGCGGCCUCUCCGCCGAGGAGGUGGAGUCUCCCUACGUCAACUUCGGCCGCCGGAGUCUCCGGGGUGGGAAGACGGACAGGUGGGGCGCCUCGGUGGACGGCUCCUGCGGGUCCAGCGACGUCAUCUCCGAUGGCUUCGCCGACCUGCCGGGGACGACGAGUUCUCCCAGAGGCAAAGGGGACAUUGGUCAGGAGGGGAAGGCUUCUUGGGUCCAUCAAGAAGAAGCAGAGGAGGACUCUGUUGACUGCAGGUCUGAUAUCUCGGAGGAGCUGGGCGCUAGAUACGAAUGCAACAACAUGUCUAAAGAUUGCGGCGGUGGUGGUGGCUCUUCAGUGGAAUCCUCAAUGGAUGACAUAUCCAGUGCAUUUGGUGGGAUGAAUUUCCAAGAUGUAGGUGCUGAUGCCGCGGCAACCAGCCAGGGAAACAAGCUGACCAUGUCCAGGAGAAGGACACCUAGAGGCGGGGAACGAAUCCGGGCAUUCAACCCCAGGGCCCCGAACUUUCUUCCGGUGGUGCCUGAUCCAGAUGCUGAAAAGGUUGAUCUCAGGCAUCAGAUGGCUGAUGAUCGGAAGAAUGCCGAGGAAUGGAUGGUUGAUUAUGCACUUCGGAGGACAGUGAACAAGUUGGCCCGUGCUCAGAAGAGGAAGGUGGAGAUGCUUGUCCAGGCCUUUGAAACUGUUCUGCCACCAGUCCUGGGGGAGAAAAAGCCCGACGACAAGAAAAGCUUUGCCUGCCACUUAUAG